AGCCGGGAACUUAAACCGACUUUUACAGCUUUAGGGUUUUGCAGGCCACCCGGCCCCCUCCGAUCAGUUGCUUCGUCCGUCAAUCGUCAUCGCUUACACGCUUCUUACCCCAUUGCUGCCCUUCUCGGGCCUUCCAAUCUCCUCCCAUGGCAUCGCUCCCCUCCGAGAGCUUUGGCAUCGUCACGAUCGGUGGCAAGGGUUCCUCCCUCUCUCCCGCCGCCGUCUAUGCCGUCUGCCGCCGCCUUUCAAAGGUAACCAUCGACUCCUCCGCCCUCGAGAAGCUAUCCCAAUCGAAGAAGCCAUCUCCGCCACCCCGAAACGAGCCUCCUUCAAACCCUAGAUUCCUAGCCCCGGAGGAGUCGCUCGCGGCCCUCGCCAUUCUCCUCAACAAGCUAGUGCUCUCCGACGCCGCCAUCCGGCCCACCCUCCCCGUCCUAAUCGAAGAAACCCUAAACCUGGCAUCCAGCCCCGAAAUCCUAGAUUUCGGCUCGCCGGUCAGGUUUCUGGAUUCGCUAUCCCGGUUGAACGGGAAGAAUCUAGACGAUAUCGGAGUCGGGGAAAAGGAAACCGGUGUCUUUGAGGGCUCUUGCGCUGCUUCGAUUGGAAUCUGUGCCAUAUUGGACUGCUGCUCGUCGGCUCUGGUGAAGGUGUCUGAUGCUGUGGCGGCCUUGUCUUGUGAGGCUGCUAGGGCUGAUGUCACUGCGUUCGAUUUGCCAGUAUCUGGCGAUGGUUUCUCCAUUAAAGCUGAGAUGGAUGUAGCUGGCGACAUGAAAGUGUUGCUGUUUGGGUCGAAGCUUGUAGGGCAGAAUGAUUCAGGACCCUUCGCUGAGAUCCCGGCCAUCCAUGGUAGCUUCAGGGAAGCUGUAAGGUCACUGCAUGGAAGAAUCCGGGUUGAGUUGAACUCCGGUGUUAAGGUCAAGAAGGCAAUGAAUGCUGGAAAUUAUGGAAAAGAGAAAGCUUUGAUUACUUCGGUUUUGCCGUUGGCAGUAUCUAUUCAGUCGAUGAGCGAGUGUAGCUUGGGUAGAUCAAAAUUGACUAUUGAAUCAAUUAGUGAUGAUGAUCUAAGGUCAAAGGUGGCUGAAGUUUUUGAGAAUGUUCGCCCUAGUUCUGAUUGGCUGAGAGAGCAGUUCCAAUCCAUUACAGAAAAAGCUGCUUCUGGAUUGGAUUAUGUUGGGGUUUUUCAUCAUGUAUAUGAGUUUUUGGUUAAAUUUAGGGAGGUUCUUGCUUGGGAGGCGGCAUUGGUGUUGUUUGCAAUUGAAAGGGAUGAUGAUUCAAUUGAGAAAAAACAAAAUUGUUGUUCGACCAGCAUCAAGCCAGAUGGAGAAACUGCAAAGGGUGAGAAGAAGAGGGAGAAGAAAAAGAAGACCUCAGGGAAGGGAACUUCUGUUAUAAGGCAGCUCCUUAAAGACCGAAUUAUGGAUAAGAAUGAGAUAGUCACUGAAGAUGUUAAGAUUCUGGUUGAGUGGGCACAAGAGCUUUCUUUGUGUUUUGAUCCCAAGGAUGCUGGUCUCGACACCUUGCUUGCAAAGGUGAAGGAAAUAAUUGAGAGCAAUGAAGUCAGAAGGCUUCCUAAAAUUCCAAAGGGCACUCGUGAUUUUGGAAAAGAGCAAAUGGCCAUACGAGAACGUGCAUUUUCAAUUAUCACAAGUGUUUUUAAGAUGCAUGGAGCAGUGGCCCUUGACACACCUGUCUUUGAAUUGCGAGAGACUCUCAUGGGAAAAUAUGGGGAAGAUUCAAAGUUGAUUUAUGACCUUGCUGACCAGGGUGGUGAGCUUUGCUCUUUGAGAUAUGAUCUGACAGUCCCCUUUGCCCGAUAUCUGGCCAUGAAUAAUAUUAGUGCAUUAAAAAGGUAUCAGAUAGCUAAGGUAUAUCGAAGAGAUAACCCAUCAAAGGGGAGGUAUCGUGAAUUCUACCAAUGCGACUUUGAUAUUGCUGGCCACUAUGAGCCAAUGGAACCUGAUUUUGAGGUUAUUAGAGUUUUGACUGAGCUGUUGGAUCAGUUAGAUAUUGGCACCUAUGAGAUAAAGCUGAAUCAUCGAAAGUUAUUGGACGGAAUGCUUGAAAUUUGUGGUGUAUCUUCUGAAAAAUUCAGAACAGUUUGCUCAAGUAUUGAUAAAUUGGACAAACAAUCAUUUGAACAGAUAAAAAAGGAACUGGUGGAAGAGAAAGGUUUAGCUCUUGAAACGGCAGAGAAGAUUGGCACUUUUGUGAAGAAAAGAGGGCCACCACUUGAAAUAUUGUCAGAACUGAAGAAAGAUGGCAGCCAGUUUUUGGAGAAUAGUGGGGCUGUCCUUGCAUUAAAUGAAUUGGAGAUUUUAUUUAAAGCUCUUGAAAAAUCAAAGUGCCUGGAACAAGUGGCUUUUGACCUGAGUCUUGCCAGAGGCCUUGAUUAUUAUACUGGAGUUAUAUAUGAAGCAGUUUUUAAAGGUGCUACACAGGUUGGUUCAAUUGCUGCUGGGGGCCGAUACGACAACCUGGUGGGGAUGUUUAGUGGAAAGCAGGUCCCUGCAGUUGGUGUCAGCCUUGGGAUUGAAAGAGUCUUUACAAUAAUGGAGCAACUUGAAAGAGACAGAAACCAGGUGAUUCGUGCUACUGAGACACAGGUUUUGGUGGCCAUUCUGGGGAAGGAUCUCAUCUUGGCUGCAGACCUAGUGAGUGAACUAUGGAAUGCCAAAAUAAAAGCAGAAUUUGGUCUCACCAAAAGGGUGAUGAAUCAUAUUAAUCGUGCGAAGCAAUCUGGCAUCCCAUGGCUGGUGAUUGUGGGUGAAUCAGAACUAAACAAGGGUGUUGUUAAAUUGAAGAACAUUGAAGCCAACCAAGAGGAGGAGAUUCCAAGAGAAAAAAUUGUUGACGAGCUUCAGAGAAGGCUCGACGCUAUCUAAAAAGUGCAAGCAAUAUCAUACAAUCAAGUUCUAAAGGACUGAAUAUAUACUCACUUUAUGCAUGGAUGAUCCAACUUGACUCUAUAUAACAACACCAAGAGGAAAGGACAUGACUGAAUUCAAGCAGGCUGGUGUCAUGGCAGAGCGAAAGCUUUAACCUUGGCAAACCUAUGGGUUGGUAGCUGACAGACAAAUUGGUUCAAUAGUUAGCUGGUCAUUGCAUCCUGAGCUUGAGAUGUCUAAAUUGCUUUUUAUGCAGGAAUCAGAUUUCUAUUUCAUAUUAGUGGCUGGUUCUAUUUUCCAAUUUCAUCAUUCAUUGUACCUUUUUGGGUUUUGCCCUUGUAUGGGUAGCAUCAGUCAUCUCUUUUCUUUUUAUCGUCAACCAGGUAACAGGCAUUUAAAGGUACAAAUUUUCAUUUAUCUGGAAUGAAGUUUCUAUUAGAGCUAACAGUGACAUUUAUUC